AUGCGCGGAGUCAUCGGGGCAAUGCGUGGAGAUGCGGGAAAACAGCGGGAACUAUGCGUGUCGUAUGUGACACUGCGGGACAUUGCGCAGCAGCAGACGUACAAGCAGCAUAAGCAGCAGCAGACGUACAAGCAACAUAAGCAGCAGGGGACGUACAAGCAACAUAAGCAGCAGGGGACGUACAAGCAAUAUACGCAGCAGCGGGGGACGUACAAGCAACAUAAGCAGCAGCAGGGGACGUACAAGCAACAUAAGCAGCAGCGGGGGACGUACAAGCAGCAUAAGCAGCAGCGGGGGACGUACAAGCAGCAUAAGCAGCAGCAGGGGACGUACAAGCAACAUAAGCAGCAGCAGACGUACACGCAACAUAAGCAGCAGCGGGGGACGUACAAGCAGCAUAAGCAGCAGCAGCAGACGUACAAGCAACAUAAGCAGCAGCAGCAGACGUACAAGCAACAUAAGCAGCAGCAGACGUACAAGCAUCAUAAGCAGCAGGAGACGUACAAGCAACAUAAACAGCAGACGUACAAGCAACAUAAACAGCCCGAGACGUACAAGCAACAUAAACAGCAGACGUACAAGCAACAUAAGCAGCAGCAGACGUACAAGCAACAUAAGCAGCAGACGUACAAGCAACAUAAGCAGCCCGAGACGUACAAGCAACAUAAACAGCAGACGUACAAGCAACAUAAGCAGCAGGAGACGUACAAGCAACAUAAGCAGCAAACGUACAAGCAACAUAAGCAGCAGACGUACAAACAACAUAAGCAGCCCGAGACGUACAAGCAACAUAAACAGCAGACGUACAAGCAACAUAAGCAGCAGCAGACGUACAAGCAGCAUAAGCAGCAGCAGACGUACAAGCAACAUAAGCAGCAGACGUACAAGCAACAUAAGCAGCAGACGUACAAGCAACAUAAGCAGCAGCAGACGCAGCAGCAGGGGACGUACAAGCAACAUAAGCAGCAGGGGACGUACAAGCAACAUAAGCAGCAGGGGACGUACAAGCAAUAUAAGCAGCAGCGGGGGACGUACAAGCAACAUAUGCAGCAGCAGACGUACAAGCAGCAUAAGCAGCAGGGGACGUACAAGCAAUAUAAACAGCAGCAGCAGCAGACGUACAAGCAACAUAUGCAGCAGCAGACGUACAAGCAACAUAAGCAGCAAAAGUAG